CUCCUUGGAGCGGUUCUCCCGACCGCUCACCUGUCACCCCACCUGGAGGCCACGCAGGCCGCGUGGCGGGAGGGCGUCAGCGAGGCGGGGCCCGCGCCAUUGUAUAAAGGCGGCCAUGGCUCUGGGCCGCAGAGUAUUUUCUCAGUGGCGGUCGCCCGUCUCAACAUGAAGCGCCUCGUGCCUUUGGUGGUUCUGACUUUCGCCGCGGCGGUGGCGGAAGGCGGUGGAUAUGGCCUGUACUCCGGCUACGGCAGCGGCAGCUACGGCGGCAGUGGCUACGGCAAUGGCUACGCGAGUGGCUACGGCAAUUACGGCAGCAGCUAUGGCGGUUACGGGGGCGGGUAUCGAGGAUACUACGAUAGGGAUCGGUACUUUGAUAGGGACCGGUACUACGACAGAGACAGGUAUUCCAACGGUGGCUACUACGGAGGCAGUCGGCCAAGCUACAGCGGUUACGGAGGCAACGGAUACGGAGGACACGGGGGAAAUUACGGAGGCGGAUACUACAGCGGUAGCUACGGAGGAUAUCGCCCAAGUAACUAUGGUGGUUAUGGAGGUUCCGGAUGGUACGAUCGGUAUGAUGGUUACCAGAGACCAAACGGUUAUUACAGCGGCUCCGGAAGCAAUUAUGGGGGCUACGGUGGCUAUGGUGGUUAUGGAGGCUCGGGUGGUUAUGGGGGUUCUGAGGGUUAUGGAGGUUCUGGAGGGUUUGGAGGUUCUGGUGGUUACAGUGGCUACGGUGGUUACGGAGGUUCUGGAGGCUACGGCGGUUACAGACCCUACGACGGUUACUCCGGCUACGGAGCCUACCGGCCCUUCGACAACUACCAUGGCAACUGGUAG